GACUUUUUCUCGAUUCAUCAGAUUCAGAAAUUUCAGAUCAUCACCAUUCACCUCUAAUCUCAUAGCUUUUUAAUUUAUAUCUGAAAAAGGUUCCCUCAAUUAGUCAAAAAUACCUCUCUCUCCGGAUUUUGCUUUCUUUCUUUGGGAACUUUGAUCCGAGAAGGACAUAAUGUCAGAGAUGGAGGGUGUCAAAGAGCAAGAGCAGGUUGAUGGAAAUGUCCCCGAGGAUAAAAGUUCCAUGUCCUCAUCUAAACAGGAGGAAGAAGUUGUAAAGAAAAAAUAUGGAGGAAUCAUGCCCAAGAAGCCACCACUCAUUUCUAAGGACCAUGAACGGGCUUAUUUUGAUUCUGCAGAUUGGGCACUUGGAAAGCAAGGUGGUGUUGAGAAACCCAAAGGACCUCUGGAAGCUCUUCGGCCAAAAUUACAGCCUACACAACAGCAGACACGAUACCGGAAGUCUCCCUAUGCCCCAUCAGAUGGUGAAGGUAUGCCAGAUACAGGAAGCUCACCACGGGAUGAUGCACCUGCAAAUGAAUGAGAAUUUGUUGUUGGCCUUUUGAUCGAGUGAGGAAUUCUGAUUGUUAUUCACCUUAAUAGGCAACGAGUAAUUUUCUGUUAUUUCGGAAGAAUAAAGUCUGGAUAUUGCUGAAAAUACAAAAUGACACAUUUCAUUAGUUGAGUGUACAAUUUAUGUAACGGUUAGUUCAUAUUACUUGAUUCAAAAACAA